AUGCGGCUGAAAGCUUCGCUUCUAUCAUGCCUCGUGACCGCCUUGGGCGUCACAAGCCAGCGUACCUGCGGCACCCCGGCCCCCCUCCAGGAACAUGAAGAAGUGUCCCGCGUUUUUCGGCUAACGGAAAAUGCGAACGGCUUGGCGAAACCGGUUCCAAUCAAUAUCAACAUCUACUGGCACGUCGUUGCGGCAAACGAAACCGUCGACGGCGGGUUUCAUUCUCAAAGCACCUUGGACAGACAAUUGGCCGUCAUGAAUGGAGCCUUUGCGCCCCAUGAUGUGCAGCUCACUCAGGUCGGUACCGACUGGACGAUCAACGCAUCGUGGGCUGCCGAGUCACCAGUGUCCAUCACCAUGAAGAAAGCGCUUAGAAAGGGCACUUACGCGGACUUGAACAUCUACUUUAUACCCGAUACGCCGCUCCUUGGUUUCGCUUCCUGGCCAGACGCCGUGGUAGUCGGCUCAGACGAGUUCUACAUGGAUGGUGUCGUCAUUCGAGCUGCAUCUGUUCCUGGAGGCUCCCUCAGUCCGUAUAACGGCGGCCACACGGCGACCCACGAAACCGGCCAUUGGCUUGGACUAUACCACACGUUUCAGGGCGAUGAAUGCGGUGGAGAUGGUGACUUCGUCGACGACACACCAUUUGAGGCGGAAGAGGCCUUUGGGUGUCCUAUCGGCCGCGAUACGUGCCCCGAUCUUCCCGGGGCUGAUCCUGUUACCAACUACAUGGAUUACUCCGAUGACGCCUGCUUUACACACUUUACCUCCGGCCAAGGGGUUCGGAUGCAUUCAUUCUGGGAUAAAUACCGUGCCCAGUAUCAGUAA